AUGCGAAUUGCGAUUUUCUUCCUGAUCCUAGCUGCGGUAGCGUGGAUGGGUCUUUCGUCGCCGAUCGAUACAAGAUACAAACGUGAAGUGGCGCCACUGGGGUACCGCUACCGUCUGUCACCGAUUUCGUGGCGCUAUCGUCGGUCACCCAUUGAGCAGAACGUGAAGGGACACAAUUCGUACCCUCAAGCUGGCGCAACAUUUUCUGCACUGGAGUUGAAAGUGAAGAAAGGCGAGUACGUCUGCGGCAAUAAGAUCUGCAAGUUAAAGCCCGGGGGAGAUACCCAAGGGCUGUCAUGGGAUGUGUCAGUACCCGAUCUGAAUCAUUAA